AUGAUGGCGCGAGUCACGGACAACGGAGCUGUCUCAGAAGCAUUCGCAGUGACCAAUGGAGUGAAGCAGGGCUGCGUACUGGCGCCUAUUCUCUUCAGUCUUAUGUUCUCAGCCAUGCUGAUGGACGCUUACCGCGACGAACGCCCCGGGAUCCGCAUCGCCUACUGGACGGACGGUCACCUCCUGAAUCAACGGCGGAUGCACUUCCAAUCGCGCGUAUCCACAACCAUCGUUCACGAACUCCUCUUCGCCGACGACUGCGCACUAAACACUACCUCAGAAGAGGAGAUGCAACGGAGCAUGGACCUGUUCUCCGCCGCCUGCGAGAACUUCGGUCUGGUCAUUAACACGCACAAGACGGUGGUGAUGCACCAACCUCCACCCAACUCAGCCACAGCCCCCAACGCGCCGCCGCAAAUCAGCGUGAACGAAACCCAACUGCAGGUGGUUGAGAACUUACCGUACCUGGGCAGUACUCUCUCCCACAACACCAAGAUCGACGACGAAGUCGCCAACAGGAUCUCGAAAGCCAGUCAAGCCUUCGGUCGCCUCCGAAGCACAGUUUGGAAUCGUCACAGUCUUCAGCUGAGCACGAAGCUGAUGCUUUACAAGGCCGUCAUCCUGCCGACACUACUGUAUGUAGCGGAGACUUGGGCGGUGUACGCAAAGCAGGCACGUUUUCUGAACCACUUCCACCUCAGUUGUCUUCGUCGCAUCCAGAGGCUGAAGUGGCAGGAUCGAAUCCUCGACAGUGAUGUGCUGGAACGGACGGGAAUCCUCAGCAUCUACGCCAUACUGAGACAAAUUCAGCUGCGAUGGAGCGGCCACCUGGUGCGCAUGGACGACGACCGACUACCAAAACGACUCUUCUACGGAGACGUCGCGACGGGUUCUUGCCGUCAAGGAGGCCAGAUUUGCCGUUACAAGGAUACCCUGAAGUCCUCCCUGAAAUGCCUGCAAAUCAACCCCACCAACUGGGAGGAGCUCGCACUCGAUCGACCGACCUGGAGGAGGACAGUGAAGACAGGCGCUGCGAUCUACGAAGCCAACCGCAUCGCUGCCGCCCAAGCGAAACGUGAAGCCCGAAAAUCACAACUUCGCCCAGUAAGCAACGCCGCCGCACGACCGCUUCCAACGUGUCCUCGAUGUCAACGGACAUUCUGGGUUCGAAUCGGACUUAAUGGACAUCUUCGGAUUAACUGCGUCUCUCGAACGGCACCAACCAUCGUCCCCCCACCUGCCUCUUCCUCCUCCUCUUCGCCGCCACCUAACCAUGACAAUUCUUCUGAACCACCACUUUCGUCAUCCUCCUCCUCCUUCUCAUCCUAA